GUCUCAGGAAGCCUAAAAUCGGGUUAUUCCAAAAGCUGAACACUUUGGGGAUCUACAGCUGAUUGUCCAGAGUGUGAAGUAGCCUUGCCAAGGAGAGGAAACUCAGCACAACUCAGCAAAGAGCUGCUGGGAUCCUCCAUGGACAGAGCUGUUUUUCUGUGUGUGAGAAGACUAUGAGGGUAUUCAUAGGCCUCGGUGAUAGAUGAAAGGCCUAUGCCAUUUAAAUUUGUCUUUCAUAAAAGUUGGUGCUAGAAUUCUGUUGUCUCAUGCACUGACCUUGAUGGUGGAAUUCAGAAGCAAUAUAGGUGGCUUUGCAUGUGUGCCAAAUGUGAAUCUGUUCUCAUUUGACUUCUUAAUAGGUAAGGAAGAUAUAUUGUCACAGUUGACCAAGUACCAUUAUGCUUUUGAUGAAGCAGAUGGGAUAGGCUGGCUUCCUCUGCAUAAGGCUGCAGUGCAAUUAAAUACGAACAUUCUAGAAAUAACCUUGAAAGCUUCAAAACCCAGUACAUGGGAGCAAACAACCCACAAUGGUGAAACACCACUUUUUUUGGCUGUCAACAAUUGCCUCUUAGAAAAUGUCAGUCUUCUUCUUCUCAAUGGCUGCAAUCCGAAUGCCAAGAAUUUCGAAGGCAACUCUCCUCUUCUUACAGCUGUUCUACAUGACUCCUACGACAUGGCUGCCUUACUGAUCAGCCACGGAGCGGAUGUCAAUCUGCGGUGUGCCAACGAGAGGACAGCUCUCCACAAAGCAGCCAAACUGGGCAGAAAGGACAUGGUGAAGCUUUUGCUGGUUUCUGGGGCACACCCUGACCCACAGAGUUCCUAUGGAUUUACUCCGCUUGCUCUUGCUGCCCAAACUGGGCAGACUGAAAUCAUGGAGCUAAUGCUGCAGAAAGGAGCCAAUGCUCUAGGUCAGGCCUCUGAUUCUUCUUCCAUCUUACUUGAAGCUGCUAGUGGAGGAAAUCCAGACUCGGUGACUCUCUUGCUAGAGUAUGGUGCUGAUGCCAACAUCCCUAAGAGUUCAGGCUACCUGCCCAUUCAUGUGGCAGCUGACAGAGGCCACUUGCUAGCUCUGAAGAUUUUGGUUCCGGCUACGGAUUUGGCUGCCGUUAAGCAGAGUGGGAUCAGCCCAGUUCACUGCGCAGCAGCAGGAUCACACCCUGAGUGCCUGGAACUUCUCAUCCAGGCUGGAUAUGAUGUGAAUUUCAUGCUAGAUCAGAGAAUUCGCAAACACUAUGAUGACCGAAGGAAGUCAGCUUUGUAUUUUGCUGUAUCAAAUGGUGACCUCUGUUCGGUUAAGCUGCUUCUGAGUGCUGGAGCUCUGCCUAAUCAAGACCCAGUUAACUGCCUCCAGAUAGCCCUAAGGAUAGGCAACUAUGAGCUUAUAAGUCUGCUGCUUCAGCAUGGUGCCAACGUCAAUUACUUCUGUAGAGUUAACCCUUUACACUUCCCAUCAGCACUGCAGUACACGCUGAAAGAUGAAGUCAUGCUCAGGAUGCUACUGAAUUAUGGGUAUGACACAGAGCGAUGUUUUGAUUGUCCUCAUGGGGACAAAGUUCAUCCUUUCUACACUUUUGAAGGCUGGACAUCCACUGUUAUCAAAGACACUAUGGUUGUUCGAGUGAUGCUGGACUAUGUCGAUCAAGUUCGGAUCUGUUCAAAGUUGAAAACUGUGCUCCAAAAACAGGGCCUCUGGUCAGAAAUCAAUUUUAUCUUGACAAAUCCUCGUUCCCUAAAACAUUUGUGCCGCCUAAAAAUCCGGAAAUGCAUGGGACGUUUACAUUUGCGCUGCCCUGUCUUCAUGUCAUUUCUUCCAUUACCCAAUCGUCUAAAGGCAUAUGUCCUUUACAAAGAAUAUGACCUUUAUGGACAAGGAACUUUUACAGGACUCUGGUAAUGAAACUAUUCUAAAGGAAAAGGGAUGAAUGCAUGACUACACGACGAUACUGUUAACAAGUCACUGUACACUUUGGAUGACUGCAUGGAAUGUGAAUAUAUAUCAAUAAAACUGCAUUUUAAAAAGAGAACAAGAGCGGAGAGAAGCUCACAGAGAGAAGGAGCUCAGAGAAGCUGAAAUUUACAUUUUGGAAAGAAGCUAAGAUAUGUAAUCCAGAGUUUGCCCUGGGAGAAGCUGAGAGCUGACACAAACCCAGAUGCUUGGGGACACUUGGAGACGCCGACAGGAAGACCUUUGGAGAUGCUAAGCUAAGAGAUGAAGCACAGAAUUUGCCCUGGAGAAGCUAAGAGAGACAGAAGCCCAGAGACAUUUUGGAGAA